UUUUAAAGUUAGUAUGCCUAUCAUAAUUUCCAGUUACAUCGACCUGAGGGAGGGAGAAAAAAAUCGGAUGACAGAUGCCAGGAACAGAAGAUGACUCUUCCUCAAGUCUUUUCACAGCAGUCACAGAAUUUCUGGACUCAAACAUCCGAUUAACACGGAAUCUUUUGUAUGGGAUUGGCGUGGUAGGAUUCGUGGUCGCUGUAAAAAAUUCUGGAUUGACUCAUCUCAUUACUUGCGCAUCAGAUGUUCCUUUGAAUUACAUUGUGAGGAGAGUCCGAGUGAGAAGUUAUGUGGAGGCAGUGGGGACUAGAGGAGUUGUUCAUGUGCAGCAUCGACCUUUCCUAAACAUUAUUCCAAACAGGUGGAGGCCCAGAAGUCAUGUACAAUUAGAGCUGGCCUUGGUGGACAUCACACCACUGGGAAGCAAAUGGCUUCAGGACACCAUACUCCAUAGAAUAGUCUGGUUUCAACCCCUUGCUUUAACCGACUCCACUGUCCACUCCAAUAUUCUGUUUCAUAAGUACUUCAGACGGCAGAGUGUAAACGAGUGUUUAGUGCAACAGGGGAUGUGUACAGUUACAGUCUUGACUCCAGAACAAUUGAAAACUUUAUCUGACCCUCAACAGCAAAUGCUGAAGAAACUGCUCAGUCAUCAAAAGACAGCAACUGAAAAGGAACAAGGCAUGUGGAAAAUUCACAAAGAGAAGAACGAGUGGACUCUUCCAUACCGAAUCAAGACUAUUAUCUUUUCCCCUAUUAAUUUCUGGAGAAAAAUCAGAAGAAAAUUCUUUAAAUAAUAGUUGUUUUUAGCAUAAGUAACAAUGCCGUGUGUGAAUUUUAAAUUGAUUUAGAUGUAAGUACAUGUAUAUUUUGUUAAGGAAUAACAGCAACUUCUAUUCAUUUCUAUACAAUAUAAUGUAAAUUGGGGCAAUUUAUGCUUUAUAAAUAAUAUAUUAUGUAGAAAUUGCUUUCAUUCCUUGUCAUUUGAUUGGGUAAAAUGCAUUUGAUGUAAUUUGACAGUUAUAAAGAUAAUUUUAAUUCUAUAUGAUGCAGAGCAAUAUUGCCAUAGCAACAAAAUGAAAACAGGAGUUAUAUGUACAGUGUAAUGUGACAAUUAAAACGUUGAUAAUGUCAAUUGAAACAAGUACAAAUUGCAUUUUACAAGUGAAAUUGAAUUAUACAAUUUUAACACAAUCAAGGUUUAUGAGAUACUGUUUUAAAGGAAAAUAAAAUACAAGUAAAAUAUUGAUUUAAAGAAAA